AUGGUCACAGAAACUAGCACGAAGGGCUUGGGCUCGGGGAUUUACACGCAGUCUAUCCUAAACUACCUAUACCAGCGCUUGGUUCUGGAAUUCAACGUCCCUUACGUAUGGGGCUGCCCAUGCGAUGUAUUGCUCAACCUCUUUGCCGAACACUUCUCUCAGAACCAUCUAGACUGUGGUGUCGCCACAGGUUACUUUCCCGCAACCGUCCUGCAACGCACUAGCCAAGCCAAUACGCAACGCCAAGUUACCUUGUUAGAUCUCAACCCCAACUGUCUGGAGGCAGCCAAGGCAGCUAUACAGGCAGAGGCGCCUCAAGUUCCCGUUCACACUGUUGAGGCAGACAUAACAGCACCCGUACCAGCUGCGUUAAAGGGCAAGAAGUUUGAUACGAUAUCCAUGUUCAACUUAUUCCAUUGCGUACCCGGGGGUGCGAGCAAGUUCCAAGCACUUGCCACCUACAAGGACGUCCUUGCGGAUGACGGCGUGUUCAUCGGGUGUACGGUACUAGGCGAAAAACAUACUACCGGCUGGUUUUCUCGGAAUUACCUCAGCCUCUACAACUGGGUGGGCGUGUUCAAUAACUGGGAUGACAAGGCGGAGGACAUUGAGAGCGUGCUUCGAUCAGCGUACAAGGAGGUUGAUACCUGGAAGGUUGGAAUGAUACUCAUGUGGAGGGUAAAGGGCCCCAAGAAGGCCUAA